UUUUUUUUUUUUUUUUGAUUGAAAGUGAAGUUGAACGUAUGUGAAAGUACGGUUGACUGCAGAGCUCUUGUUAAUUUGGCACAGUUUUCUCUAAGGUUCAGCGAAUAAAAAGUUUUUGAAACUUUUUCUCCUCUUUUUUGCUUAUUGCUCGGCAUUUACUAAGCAAAUAACAGCAAUUGGAAUGACCUACAAAACAACAUGUGCUGCUGCAAGUUAAGACAAACUUUUGGGAAAAGCAAACUAUAUACGAAAGUAGAACAAACAGCCCAUAGUAAGGAAUAUACAUAUAUGCAUUCAUGUAGUGUCAAGCAGACAUCACUCAUUUAAAUUAUUAUUAUGCAACUUGAACUGAAAGCGGACAUGCGUAUGCAUUUAUAUUUAAAUACUUAUAACAGCAGAAGAGUAACAAUAAUAACAACAACAACAACAACAACCGAAUAUGAUAAUACACCAUUAGCAACCUCUACGCUUGGGUCUUAACAUAAAAAUUUGUCUACAAACUGAACAAUAAAGCGUUGUGUGAUGAUAAUGUUUAGAUAUAACAAAAAUGAAAACAAAAUUUCAAAAUUUAUACAGCAAUAAAAAAUAGGAGAAACAAAAGGUAAAUGUCAGAAAAAAACAGCAACAACAUGUUGUCGGGCGACAAUAAUAACAACAAGAAAUGUGGGUGCUUAUGCUCAUCUUUAACAUCGUGCACUGGGGCUUCUAAAUAUGUGCUUUGCGAAGACAUACAAACACCCGGUCUGCGUCGUACAGACAGCAGUAGCAAUGCAAUAAUAAAUCGCGUUUACAACAUAUGCAGUAACAACAGCAACAAUAAUAAUAAUAAUAAUAAUAAUAAUAAUAAUAAUAAUAAUAGUAAUAAUGAUAACAAUAAUACUAAUACCGAUAACCACGAAUGCUAUAAUCAGCUAAUUAGUAAGAGAAACCGUUUCAUAAGUGUUAGUAACAACUUUAAUCGUCUCAUAAAAUUUAUUAUUGUUUUGAUGCUAUGUUCAUGCUGCGAUUUAACACAAGCCGCUCUGCGUAAUGUCAAUUUAUAUGUGGAACCACCCGCUGUGCGCAGAGGGCAAUCGGUAACCUUACGCUGCCAAUACACAUUGGAGGGAGCGCCAUUGUAUUCGGUCAAGUUUUAUCGCGGUCAAUUGGAAUUUUUCCGUUACACACCUGGUGAAUAUCCGAAUACAAAAGUUUUUCAUUAUCCCGGCAUAAAAGUUGAUGAAAGUGUAUCAAAUGCUACUCAAGUGAUUAUACGAAACGUUAGCUUCAACUUAUCAGGUAAUUUUGCCUGCGAGGUAACAGCCGACGCACCAUUAUUUUCUACAGCCACUGCAUAUGCUCAAAUGCAAGUAGUCGAAUUUCCGGAGAAACGUCCGCAACUCUUUACCGAGCUAACUCGUUACGAACCGGGUGAUAUAUUGCGUGCCAACUGCAGUACACCGCCAUCUCGGCCACGAGCUGAAUUAAGAUUUACCAUAAAUAACAUGCCGUGACUUCGUCUGGCGGCGGCUUCACAAGUUUUCUGGAAUCGUACUUCGCAUCAUCUGCAGCACCCAAAGACUUUAAGCGUACAACAACAAUUAUAAAUGCAUGUUUUAUUAACUAUACGAUAAUGUAUCUAAUUAGCUACAUAAGCAAUUUCUAUGGUCUCAGAUAGUUUAAUGAACGUUAAAGUAAAAAAUAAAAA